AUGGCCUUCCCGACUUCUCUCUCCACCGCCCAUGCCUCUGCUCUCCAUCAACAGCCAUCCCGACAAAUGUCCCGCGCCUCGAUCUCUCGCUCCGGGUCCAGGCGCACUUCCCCAGAAAUCCGGAAUUCCGCCGUCUCUCGAAGCAGCGCUGGCUUGGUUCCUAGGCAAUACUCUGCUGGCGACAGCUCCGAUGACGAGGUACCGGAACCGAAAUUCAGUGCAUCUGUCAAGGCACUUCUUGACGAAGAUGGCGUGAACCAAUCUCCCCGACUGAGAAAUAGGAACUUGGACGAAUACCACCAGGGUGUGCGCACAGGUUCUGCCGCGUCGAGUCGCGAAAGACGAUCUCGGACCGCGUCGCCUCUCGAGCAAUCGAACGGCAGCCCUGCCCCACGAGUGGUCCGCAUAGCGCCUGCUCUUGGAAGCGGCUCACGGACUCGAAGGGAAGGGUCACAACUGUCAAACGGAGAGAAUGCGGAACCAGAGGUGAAGAGCUAUUCGAACGACUUCAUUACGCCUGCCCCAAGGACGCGAAGUGUGCGCAUCAAUGCCUCUCGAAGUCACACCCGGUCUCCUACAUCCAUAUCACCAUCUGAGAAGCGAUCAGCAAGCCGGAGCCCUCUUGUCGAACAUGCAAGCGCCGGUCGAUCAGACGACGAAGGAAAGGUCAAAUAUGACGACAACGCCCCUCGUAUUGGCACGUCCUCUGUACUUCGAUCUCGCAACCCUGAAGACCUUGGUGUCCAAAGUUCACUGCGUGUGAAAAGAGUGGGCAGACUAACGGGUACAUUCCUCAAUGGGCCUGCAAGACGUGGCGUGCUACGACGUCAGAGUGAAGAGAACGAGUCGCCUAGCUAUCUCUCGGAUGCCGCCAAAGACGCUGAGCUCGGUGCGGCCGAAACCGCCGACUACCAUUAUAAAAGCAGCGCAAGAGCCUCGUCACCUAAGGUAUCAUGGGUGGAUCCUCACCCGCCAGGGAAAUCCUCGGACUACAGGCCUGUUUCGUCCGGUGACGGACCAUUUUCAAGAUCAUCCUCUCCCAAGUCUUAUGCAUCACACUCCAAGUCAACGCCAGGGUCAUCCUCGGACGCCUCCUCCAAACCGUCGAGUUCCAAAGAACCCAUCUUUAAAGUGCCUCCUCCCCCAACAUUACCAUCCGCUCGUGAUCAAGAGAAUGAGCCUCCGCCAACUUUCAAACGCGUCAAGGCCCAGGGGUUUAAUCUGCUCGACAAGCCUGAAAAGCUUUCAGUCAUCCACGGAGAUGACAAAAGGGAGUCAGAUCCUCCGGCGGGGAACUCCCCCAGGAAGAUUUUAUCAACCCGAAAUAACAACACACCGCACAGGCCAGCUCCACCACCUCCAAGGAUGUCCGUUCUAGAGACUGCCACGGCAACAGGAGGAGCUGCUACAGCAUCCCAAUCUCGUAAGAAACGAAGCCAGGUCUCAAUCAACCACAAACCGUUCACGCGCUUGGAUUGCAUUGGCCGCGGAGGCAGCUCCCGCGUAUACCGAGUCAUGGCUGAGAAUUAUAAGAUUUUUGCCCUAAAGCGUGUGAACCUCGAAGAUGUCGACCCAACCACCUUGGCUGGCUACAAGGGGGAGAUCGACCUUUUGAAGAAGCUAGAAAACAUUGAUCGUGUGGUACGACUGUUCGACUGGGAAAUGAAUUCCGACAAGCAUACACUCAGCGUUCUCAUGGAGAUCGGAGAAUCAGACUUGGAGAAAGUCUUGACGUAUCGCUUAAAUGCGGAAGAUGCUACCUUUGACAUCAACUUCACCCGAUACUACUGGAAGGAAAUGCUAGAGUGCGUGCAAGCGGUUCACGAACACAAUAUCGUUCACUCUGAUUUGAAGCCGGCCAAUUUCCUCCUCGUCCAGGGUCGGCUGAAACUUAUCGAUUUUGGAAUUGCAAACGCCAUUCAAGACAAUACUGUCAACGUACAUCGUGAACAACAAGUCGGAACUCCAAACUACAUGUCCCCAGAGGCCCUCGUUGACUCGAAUGCGUCCCUUGGACUCCCUGCAAGCGUUGGAAAGAUGAUGAAGCUCGGCAAGCCGAGUGACGUAUGGAGCUUGGGAUGUAUACUGUACAAGAUGGUGUACGGUCAACCUCCUUUCGCAAAGAUCCCCAAGUACUAUGAGCGGAUCAUGGCCAUUCCCAACCCGAAAGUAAAGAUUGAUUUUCCAGCCUUUGGAGUCGGCGGCGUCCAAGUACCUCCUGGACUCAUCCGCACACUCAAGCAAUGUUUGCAACGGGAUCAGACACUACGACCAACGGUCAGCGACCUGCUCGGUCAACAAGACCCAUUCCUAUACCCAGACGCACAGCUCGAGGGUGCCGUCCCCAUCACGCAGGACGUCCUCGGCAGGAUUCUAUUGAACGUGGUCAACCACUGCCGAGUGCACGGUGUACCCAACGAUGAAGAACUAGCCGCCUGGCCCGCUGGCUUUUUUGCCAAAAUCAAAGCAGCCCUAGAGGAAACCCCCUAA